AUGAUAAUUUAUAUUCUCUCUUUACUCAGUAUUAUUAAUGCCCAAUGUAUUGAGAAUGCCUAUUUAUAAAUUCCUAAUUCUGUACAAAAAUAAUAAUAUGAUACUGAUAUUAUUAUAAGAUUGGAAGGAGAAUACAUAAUUGGUUAUGGAGAGGAUUUCAAAAUCAAUGAUAAAUCAAAAAUACAAAUUCUUUAAUCCUCAUUAAUAUUUGGACCCCAAAAUUUUGAAAUCUAUUGUCCAGCCAUCCAUAUUAUACCUGAUGAAGAAGAGGCAAAAUGUGAAAUCAUAGUAAACAUGUAUUAAAUGAAUACAACAGAAAUUGAUAACUUAGCUUUUGCUUAACUUGUAAUUCCUGUUGAAACUAAUAAUAAUAUUAGAGAGAAUCCUACUCUUCAAAUUUAAAAUAAUUUCUAACUUCGAUUAGUAGAUUUAGCAGAAUAAUUAAAGGAUGUUGAUUAUUUUGUAUAAUAUGAAAAUUGUGGAAGAACAAUAUUUAUUUUAUCUGAUUCUUUACCAAUAACAGCUGAACAAAUAGUAAUUUUAUAAAACUAUUCAAAAUCAUUGGAUUCAACAGCUCCAACUGAGCCAAUAACUCAAUUAAAAAAAGGUCUGAUUUAAGUUGAAAAUUAUACUGUUGACAAAAGAUCAACAAUACAUAUGUUUGCAUUAUUCACUAUUAUUUGUGGAGUUAUAUUGUUAGCAUGUAUUAGAUCCUUCAAAAAAAGAGUUGAAGUAAAUACCCCUAAAAAUGAUGAAUUAUUGAAUCAAUAAGAGUUAAAGGUUUUAAAUUGA